GUCCCCCUUCCAUGUCUUAUAAGACCGUCGCGUCCUUGACAAGAGUUGAACAGGUAUUAAUUGAGACCACGUUGAUUCCAAGAGGACACUAUUCUUGACUGCUAACAUGGCAGAGUGGACCCAAUUCCAAGACGACGAAGCAUGCUCUGCAUCCGACGACUCUGACGCCGAUUCCGUCUUCGACCACCCUGCCUUCUCAUUCAUCGAACCUGACACCGAUUCCUCAGUCGGCGACACUGAUGAAGAUACUGAUGAAGAUACUGACGAAGAUACUGAUGAGGAUACUGACGAAGAUACUGAUGAGGAUACCGAUAUCGACAAUGAUGUCGACACUUAUGUCGACCCUGAUGUCGGCCCUGAUGUCUACCCUGAUGUCGACCCCGACGACGAACCCGAUGGCGACUUCGAUGAGGACUCCGAUGACGGUGAACCUGAUCCCGUUCAAAUGGUGCUCGAUGCGGUGAUACGACACAUGAGAUAUUGGAAAUUCCCGUCGGUCACCCACGGAAGGUUCAUCAUCAGCGACAUUUUCUCCAGAUUUUCGUCGGCAGAUUUCAGUGUAAACACGGAAAACGAGGAGUGCUCAACCGUGGUGGGAUCGCUGUCACCUCAAACCGACGAAGGCGGCAUUCGUUACGAAGGAUACAGUUACGGAGACGAUCCCGGUGUGCAGCCUUUUCAUGAUCACGUUUCCAUUUGCGUUGCCGGAACUACAAUCCCAUCCCACAUCUUCGAAGAGCUCUAUAGAUCCGUGAAGGCUGGGGUCUUCGUUGACGUUCAGAUCGUCGAACAUGUCACGUUGCAGCCGGAAUCCCUUUGCCCUAUCCAAAGGAGCGAAAGAACGCCUGAGAAACAUAAGAGUACAGUCGAUAGAGUCAAGCGCAUGCUAUUUGAUGCCGGGUUCAAUAUCAAGCACAUCAGAGAACUAUCCAUCCCCAGCGGAUCGAGAGUGGCGCACGAAGUCGAGACUGGAGAUCUCUACAGAGACCGUCACCGGUAUGCAAAUCGACAGGGAAUGUAUGAUGAACUUCUUGCCUGGCAAACAGCGCAGAUAAGAACAGGCGGAUACAUAAAACUGCCCCUUGUUCGAGCCUAUAAAAGGCAGAAGAAAAGGGUCAGAAGCGAUCUAGGUGACGGCCGUGCAUUGAAACGAAUUCGCUCAUGAACUAGACAUCAGCUCGAUUUUGUAUACGACCUCACGGGCGACAUGUUGCGAUUGAACUUGUAAAUAGGUUGACUGUCCAAAGUCUCGGUAAUCAAUGGUCUAUCUUCAUGUCGUUGCGCCCACACUCUCGUCUGUGCUUGUCUUACCUCAUUCACAGGCGGGGAUGGAGCAAGAGAGGGCGCCAGCUUCAGGGCUUUACACGAGGUCAACUUGUUUGCCUGGUAUUACGGAGGCCAUAUGCCAUGGCAAAC